GCACAGUCGCCACUGCUUGGGCCUAGGUACAAGCUCUUAGGUCUAAACCCGCACCUCCGAGCUGCUGGAGCAGCUGCAUAGCAUGGACCACCGUCUCUGCUCUUGCCGCGCUGCCCUGCUCCGGAGUGGCUUCAUGUUCCUCCUACUGCUGCUAAUGCUGCUCGCGGAUCCGGCUCUCCCGGCCCAACGUCACCCCCCGGUGGUACUUGUGCCUGGAGAUUUGGGCAACCAGUUGGAAGCAAAGCUGGACAAGCCGACAGUUGUGCACUAUCUUUGCUCCAAGAGGACAGACAGCUACUUCACACUCUGGCUGAACCUUGAACUGCUGUUGCCUGUCAUCAUUGACUGCUGGAUCGACAAUAUCAGGCUGGUUUACAACAGAACAUCCCGGGCCACCCAGUUUCCUGAUGGUGUGGAUGUCCGUGUCCCUGGCUUUGGGAAGACCUUCUCAUUGGAGUUCCUAGACCCCAGCAAAAGCAAUGUGGGUUCCUAUUUCCACAUCAUGGUGGAAAGCCUUGUGAACUGGGGUUAUAUACGAGGUGAAGACGUCCGAGGGGCUCCCUAUGAUUGGCGCCGAGCCCCAAAUGAAAAUGGGCCCUACUUCCUGGCCCUCCGAGAGAUGAUCGAGGAGAUGUACCAGCUGUAUGGGGGCCCUGUGGUGCUGGUUGCCCACAGCAUGGGCAACAUGUACACGCUCUACUUUCUGCAGCGGCAACCCCAAGACUGGAAGGACAAGUAUAUCCAUGCCUUCGUGUCACUAGGUGCCCCCUGGGGGGGCGUGGCCAAGACCCUGCGAGUCCUGGCCUCAGGAGACAACAAUCGUAUCCCUGUCAUUGGGCCGCUGAAGAUCCGGGAGCAGCAACGGUCUGCUGUCUCUACCAGCUGGCUACUGCCCUACAACCACACCUGGUCACCUGAGAAGGUGUUUGUGCACACACCCACAACCAAUUACACACUGCGGGACUAUCGCCAGUUUUUCCAGGACAUUGGGUUUGAAGAUGGCUGGCUCAUGAGGCAGGACACAGAGGGGCUGGUUGAAGCCAUGACACCACCUGGCGUGCAGCUGCACUGCCUCUAUGGCACUGGUGUCCCCACACCAGAUUCCUUUUACUACGAGAGCUUCCCUGACCGCGAUCCUAAAAUCUACUUUGGCGAUGGUGAUGGGACUGUGAACUUGGAGAGUUCCUUGCAGUGCCUGGCUUGGCACAGCCUCCAGAAACAUCAAGUGUUACUGCAGGAGCUCCCAGGCAGUGAGCACAUCGAGAUGUUAGCCAAUGCUACCACUCUGGCCUAUCUGAAACAUGUGCUCCUUGGGCCUUGAUUCCUGUGCCAGGCAGGGCUGCUGGAUGGCUCAGCCAUGGGCUUUUUCUCUGGGGCUUUCAUGGCCUACACACUUAGCAAAGUUUGUGAUCAGCCAUUCAAUGUCCUGGGUCUUAGACUAUGAAAUGUCUGGGGGAAAUGCUCUUAUCCUAACUCUGUGGCAGAAAAAGGAAGAAAUGGGUGUGGACUCAAGGGAUCCUUGACGGAAAGAAUGCUGCUGAUGGAAUUGCUGUGAUUGGCUCUGUAGGGUAGAUUGGUUGGCUCCCAGCCCCAAUCCCCAACUUGGGGGCCAGGUAGUCCUCCUACCCUACAGCCUUUCCAUUCUUGUCCUCUGGGCCCUGGCCUUCCUCUGAGGGAUAUUACUGAGCUGUGGUACAUGCCCUCAAAGGUCUCUUGGGAUGACCCUUCCCAUACACUGGCCUCAAGUAGGCCUAUCAUUGUCCAUGGAUGGCCAGAUCUCCUGGCUUCUCUGUGGCUUCCUAGGG